UUACAUUAAAAUGGAAGAAAUUUCGAAAAAUUGUCGUGCAUGUUUUAAAUUUAUCAAUUUAAAUGUCGACAAAAGUUGGAAAUUGACUGAAAAAUGGAAGAAUUUUGAGACAACAUACACAGAACUUCUCUCAACGUUUACCGGUUUGCAUUUCGAAGAUGAUUUAGAAGAUGUAAUUUGUCUUGCAUGUCGGCAACAUUUGAUAAAUUGUUACAAAUUUCGACAAAAGGUGUUCGAAACUGAGGAGAAAUUCAACAGUUUAAAGAGCAAUGUGAACAUCGAAUUGCCUCCGUUGGAAAUUAAGUUGGAAGAAAUCAAAGUUGAAGUAAUUGAAGAACAAGUUACAAAAAGUUCAGAAGAAAAACAUGACGUUGAAAAGCCUAAAAAUGAAUGCGGAAUACAAAUCCCGAUAACAUCAACAACAAAAGUUGGUCGACCCAAAAAAGGAGAAGUUCGUCAGAAACGUCGACAUAUGCGAGAACAGCGAAAACUCAAUUUGCAAAUGUACAAACGGAAUGCUGAAGGUUACUUUGAAUGCCCGAAGGAAAAUUGCUCAGGCAUGUUUAAGAAAAUGGGAAAGUUAGAAGAUCAUUUGGAAAACAAACAUCCAGAUCAAUCAUCUUUUACUUGCGAAACGUGUAAUGAAGAGUUUCAAUCUCGUUUGGCAUUCAAACGACAUGUUUUUCGAUUUCACACUCCUCGUCCUUUCAAAUGCGAUAUCUGUGGAAAUACAUAUCACAAUAUCGAUGGCGUUCGAACUCACAUGAAAAUUCAUUUGCCAAAAAAAGAAUCCGAUGGAACGCAAUUUCCUUGCCCAAUUUGUGGAAAAUUUUAUACAUCGCAAACAGGAAUGAUACGACAUCGACAACUUGUGCAUCCCGUUUGUCCCAAAGAACUUAUUCCAAAGCCCUUCAAAUGUACAAUUUGCGGAGCUGCAUGGACCACGAAGGCAAUUUUGCGAAAACAUAUGAUUUAUCAUGGAGCGCCUCAAUUCUUUUGUGAUUUGUGUGGCAAAGGAUUUUCGACGAAAGGUGCUUUGACACUUCAUAUGGAUCGUCAUGCCAAUCAUCGCCCAAAAGUUUGUGAAAUUUGUGGAAAAAGCUUCCUUACGAACUAUAUUUUGAGCAAUCAUAUGAUGACACAUCAAGACGAACGCCCAUUUAAAUGCUCAAUGUGUCCGACAUCCUUUAAAACGCAAAGCGGCUUACAUUGUCACGAAGUUAACUCUCAUCCAACUGCGGGACCUUUAACGUGCGACGUUUGCGGCAAAGUUUUCAAGAAUAAAGGAACGUUAAAAGAUCAUUCACGGAUACACGGAGACGAAGAUCUUCAAUGUCCUCAUUGUGAUAAGACUUACAAACGAUUACAUUCGCUUCAACGACACGUUCGUGUUCAUUCGGGCUUCAAAAAACGACAUGAAUGCACAAUUUGUCUUCAAAAUUGGUACAGCAAAAAUCAAUUAAUUGAACACGUGUCAAAAUCACACGUUUUGGAAGAGGGAAAAGCAGCAGAAGACUAUAUAAGAGCAUAUUGGACCUCAGAUCCUUCGGGAGCAAAUCUCGGCGAAGAACCUCCUAAAUUGUUUAACUUUAAAAAAGAAUCAGUCAAUAGCCAAAAAACAAAACAUUUUGCAUCAAAUUGUCUGAAAUUAAAGAAGAAAACAAUGUCGAUAGAGACAAACUGUCGUGCUUGUUUCUCUAUUAUUGAUACAAAACGUUACAGACUUUCGGAAAAAUUGAAUACUUUCGAAGAAACUACUAUUGGAAACUUUUUAAUGUGUAUCACAGGAAUAACUUUGGAUAUGAAAACUUUAGAAGAAGAAUUUAUUUGUUUAUCAUGUCGACAGAUUCUUUCAAAUUUCUUCGAAUUCAAACAAAAAGUCCUUGCAUCUGAUAAAAAGUUCAGACAAUUGAACGAUUCAGUAAAAGUUGAAUUCAAAAUGGAACAAAAUUGCAAAUCGGAAAUGGAAAUUGAUUGUCAAAAUGAUGAGCUUAUUGAUCCUGAACAAAGCGAGAGAGAAGAUAAAAAGUCUGAUGAGUGUUCAAUAAAUCAAAGCAUUCGCGGAAAAAACUUACAUCGGAAAAGACGUUAUCGUGAUCCACAAAGAAAAGAAAAUUUGCAAAAAUUCAAGCGUAACACUGACGGUUUGUUUGAAUGUCCUCGUGAGAAUUGCCCCGGGUUGUUUAAAAAUAUGGGACAUUUGGAGAUGCAUCUCGAGAAUAAACAUCCGAACACAGAGCAAACAACUUUUCCAUGUGAAAAUUGUGACGAGGUUUUUCCAACAUUCAAUCUUCAUAAACGACAUGUUUUCAAAUUUCAUACGCCUCGUCCUUUCAUAUGCGACAUUUGUGGAAACGGAUAUCCGUAUAUUGAUAGUUUGAGAUCUCACAUGUAUGUUCACUUGCCAAAAAAACGCGAAAAGACUAAAUGUGCAUGUAACAUUUGUGGAAAAUUGUACGUUUGUGAGGCAAAUAUGUUGCGACAUCGAAAAGAAGUGCAUUUCCCAAAAGAACUCAUUCCAAAGCCUUAUAUUUGUAGCAUUUGUUGCUCCGCAUGGGCAACGAAGAGUAAACUAUCUGCUCAUAUGAAAAGUCACGAUUCGCCUGAAUUCUUCUGUGAUAUUUGUUCGAAAGGAUAUAGUCUGAAAGGAGCAUUAACACUCCAUAUGCAAACACACAGUACAGAACGACCUUUUUUCUGUGAUAUUUGCGGAAAGUCUUAUAAGACAAAAUAUCAAUUGCGUGAUCAUCAGUUGACGCACAACGAGGAACGUACACUCAAAUGCAAAAUGUGUCCUGCAACAUUCAAACUCGCAAAUAGUUUAAGAACGCAUGAAACACAAGUACAUGCAUCAACGGGUCCUGUUUCCUGUGAAAUCUGUGGAAAGCUAUGCAAGAAUAAGAGUUCUUUGAAAAGUCAUUCUGCGCUUCACAGUAAAAACGAUAUCGCUUGCCCUCAUUGCGACAAGAAAUACAAAGUUUUAGACACUCUCAAAAGACAUAUGCAAAGAACGCAUCUUGGCUUGAAGAAAAGACACGAAUGUAGUGUUUGUUUAAAGAACUUAUGGAGUCGCAAACAUAUUGCAGAUCAUAUUGAAGAGACUCAUCAAGAUGUAAUCGCGGAAAGCGGAAAGAAUGCAGAUGAGUUAGUGCGAAAAUAUUGGACUUCAGAUCCAUCGGGAGCAAAUCUCGGAGAACAACCUCCAAAAGGAUUAAUUGGAAGACCAAUUAUUGAAUUAAAAUGA